AUGGGUCAGCUCAGCAAGAAGCUUCUCGUGUUAGCGGCCAUGGUCGCGGCGGCACUGGCCGUGGCGGAGCUAUGCGGCGCCAUUCCGCUGGAGGACAAGGACCUGGAGUCCGAGGAGGCGCUGUGGGACCUGUACGAGCGGUGGCAGACCGCGCACCGCGUGCCCCGCCACCACGUCGAGAAGCACCGCCGGUUUGGAACUUUCAAGUCCAACGUCCGCUUCAUCCACUCCCACAACAAGCGCGGCGACCGCCCCUACCGCCUCCGCCUCAACCGCUUUGGCGACAUGGACCGCCACGAGUUCCGCGCCACCUUCGCCGGAUCCCACGUUAACGACCUCCGACGCAACGGCCCUGUCGCCCCCGCCAUUCCGGGCUUCAUGUACGCCGGCGUUAACGUGUCGGACUUGCCUCAGUCCGUUGACUGGCGGGAGCAGGGCGCGGUCACCGGCGUCAAGGACCAGGGCAAGUGCGGCAGCUGCUGGGCCUUCUCCACCGUGGUGUCCGUGGAGGGCAUCAACGCCAUCCGGAGCGGCCAGCUGGUGUCCCUGUCGGAGCAAGAGCUCGUCGACUGCGACACGGCGGACAACAACGGUUGCCAGGGCGGCCUCAUGGACAAUGCCUUCGAGUACAUCAAGAAUAACGGCGGGCUCGCCACCGAGGACGCCUACCCGUACCACGCCUCCAACGGCACCUGCGACGCCGUGAAGGCGAAGCGGUCACCCGUGGUGGUGCGCAUCGACGGCCACCAGGACGUGCCGGCCAACAGCGAGGAGGAGCUUGCCAAGGCCGUGGCGAACCAGCCCGUGUCCGUCGCCAUCGAUGCCAGCGGACAGGCAUUCCAGUUCUACUCCGCGGGGGUGUUCACCGGCGAGUGCGGGACCGAGCUGGACCACGGCGUGGCCGUCGUCGGGUACGGCGUCGACAAUGACGGCACGGCGUACUGGACGGUGAAGAACUCGUGGGGAACUGCUUGGGGAGAGAAGGGGUACAUCAGGAUGCAGAAGGAUGGAGGCUUCAGCGGUGGGCUCUGCGGCAUCGCCAUGGAAGCAUCCUACCCAGUGAAGACCCAGAGCAAGCCCAAGCCCACGCCCACGCCCAGACGCGCUCUCGGGGAAAGGGAAUCCCAGUGA